GAUUCAGUAUUGUAGUAAUUAAAAAUUCAAUCCGUACACUGAGUAGUAUGUUCUAAUGACACUUUUUUCAUGCACUCCCUGCGUUCUGUUGUAGCGUGCAGCCACUUUCCAUCUGGAGAUCACACGCCGAACGGUUAGCUGGGCCACAGGGGUUUUUUUCUUUGGUUUUAAUAUAAUCGCGAGGUAUUACUAACCAGAGAAACUAAAUCCUACUUUUUACGGAAUAAAUCUAGUGAAAUUAUUAAAAAAAAAGGUAUGUACGUGUUGCCAUUUUAUUUUAUCUUUUUUUCUAUCUCUUCGUAAAAAUUCGUUGGGGCACUAACAAUUCCUUCCCAGAUCCUCUCUUAGUGUAGUGCACCCCUUCCAGAGCUUACGGCGGUUAAUCUGUCUUUUUCUCAAGCGUCGUUGUGAAGAUGGUAGGGGUGCCGCCGUCCUGUUCUUCUCGGUUCACCGCUAAUUUAGUAUUCUCUUUCCCUUGUUUCUCCCCACACUGUCUCUAGCUAAGCCUCAUAACAGACAUACCGAUACACCGAUACACUUCCCUUCUGCAGCCCACCGCCACAGCGAAUAGGUUGACGCACGUGAGAAGCCACAAAGCCAUUUGAAAGGAAUCCAACAAGGGACUGUUGCCAUAACGUCAAGAGGUUUUUUGCUUUUGAGGUGAGCCCCAGAAGCAAUCAAUCACUUCACGAUGGACCCAAUCGCGAGGCAUGUGGGCAUCCCUCACCCGUACGGCGUCGAGGAAGCGGAUCGGCAGCCCGACCGCACCUUCAGUACCGCCGAGGACGACGCCGGAAUUCUCCUCCACCCAAGCGCGAAGCGCCUCUUCGAUUACGCACCGGCGCUAUGCCGCAUUCCCAUCUUCGGCGAGGCCUGCGCGGCAUACGGCCCCGCGUGCGUCAUCAGCCUCGCUCUCUCCUACCUGCUUUGUAAGGGUAUCGCUUUUAAUAUUUUUACUUUCUCUCUCUACCCUAUGUUUCAAAUACGUUUUGGUAUAGAUGCUGCCCUCUACCAGCGGCUCUUAGCCGUUAUGAAGAUUGCUUGGGCCAUGAAGGCUUCUACUGCCAUGCUAUCCGAUACAUUCGCCUUCUUCGGUUACACCAAGCGCUGGUACAUGUUUGCCUCGUGUGUGGUGGGCGGUGUCUUCGCACUGCUCUACGGCCUGCUGCCAGCCAAUCCGUCAUCUGGUAACAUUGCUGCCGGUUUUGUAUUCCUGAGUAGCUAUGGUGUUGCCACUGUGGACAUUCUUUCCGAAGGCUAUUACAGCCGUCUUAUGCGUAAAAUCCCCGAGUCUGGGCCGGCACUGGUGAGCUGGGUCUGGUGGAUCGUGACCAUGGGGGGUUUCUUGGCUUCUAUCCUCCAGGGGCCGUUAUCGGAUCUUAAGAUGCCGGAAGUCGGUGUGUUCAUCGCCGCUGGGCUUCAGUUCCUUGCAUCUUUGAUCUACUUCUUCAAUCUGUACGGCGAGAAGAUGAACCGCGAGGAGCGCAUUGAGGACGCACGUAUUAUGCACAAGGAGCUACUCCUGGAGCUCGAGAAGGGGAAAGCCCUAUACAGUAAGGAGGGGAGGGAAGGCAGUCUCGAUGUGGAUCAGGGAAAGGCUCUACAGUUGUUGGAGGUGAGCCCAGAGUUUCUGCUGCCGCAGCCGAUCAUCUGUUGCCGUGGACUUAUCGAGAUCAACAAGGAGGUCGUCAUUCGGAACAACAGGAUUGUUGUAUACAGCUCUAUCAUAACAACCGCGGCCAUAAUCAUGGCUUUUGGCAACCUCUUCGCAGGUAAGCUAGGGUUGCUUAUUAUCUGCGUAGUGGUGUCGCUGGUGUGCUCCGUGAUGUCCUUCUGGGCACUGCCACUGAUUAUUGCAAAGGCUAAUGUCAUGGUUUAUUUUAGUAUGAUGCUAUACAUACAGCUACCAGGUCUCCUGGACAGCUUCUACCUCGCUAAAGAAAAUUGCCUUCCUGACGGGCCGCACUUCUCAAAUACUUUCUACAAUACUAUUGCUGUUGGUAUCAUCGGCAACCUGGCUGGUCUAGUCGGUAUCACGGCGUUCAGAUAUAUCUUCUUGAGGUGGAGAUACCGUUUAUGCUUGGUUGUAACAACCCUUCUAUGGGUGUCUGCCUCCGUCUUCGACAUUAUCAUGCUCAAGCGUUGGAAUGUAAAGAUCGGCAUUCCCGAUCACGCCAUGUACGUUUGUGGUGACGCCAUCAUUGGACAUAUGUGCCAUAUGGUUGCAAUCAUGCCAGUUAUGGUACUGGUGUCGCGUCUUUGCCCACGAGGCUCCGAAAGCACGGUGUAUGCGCUCUUAGCCGGCUUCGCCAACCUCGGUGCAGUCACCAGCAUCUCGAUAGGUGCCAUCCUCAUGGAGUAUGUGUGGCCCAUCAAAAGUGUUCCGCCGUGUGACUUCAAAAAUGGCCCGUGGCUCGUCAUUGUCGGUCACAUCCUCUUACCGCUCCUGAUCAUCCCGCUGACUCUGUUGCUGCCAAACGUCCGUGUGUGCGAUGACAUCGACAUCGAUGGCAACGUGAUAUCGAAAACGACACAAGAAGAGUCCCAUGUGAAGCCUGCCAAGGACAUCAACGAGGUCCACUGA